CGUUAUCGUUGCAUUCGUAUCGUGCGCGUCGAACCAGUGAACCAACCAACCCAACCAGCGCUCUACGCCAACUAACGGUUAAAGAACACAGUUUUUGAAAUCAAACAAGCCAAAAAAAUUAAAUAAAAAAAAAUUUUAGAAAACUAAUGACAUCUCUAUUUCUUGUUCGAGUGUUUUUCUUAUCAGAAAAAAAGAGUUUCAACAAUAAUUCGCGUUUUUCUGCUGCAAUUUAAUUGACAAAGUUUUUAGAAGUUACCGCUGUGCGUGUUUUUUUUUAAAUUGACUUGGUUGACAAAUUUCGAUUACAGUUAGAAUUUUCAGUGCAAAUACGACAAAAAACAAAUUAAAGUUUAUCAAUUCGUCGCAUCGCGCUAUAAACGGUAAACGUGCGUUAAUCUAAUUUGUAUUUAAUCUAUUUGCCAUCGCUGAAAAGUAACAACAGCCAGUUCUCGAUCUUUGUUUGCGAAAAUGAUGCACCUGAAGUCUCAGCUGAGUUACGGCUGCGCCUUGGCGCUCUUCAGCCUCAAUCUCUUCAUGCUGUCCAGUGCCGAGCUAGCCUCGGCUCAAGGCGCUGCCAUCAGCAAUCUCUAUGACAAUUUGCUGCAGCGUGAAUACGCCGGACCCGUAGUCUUUCCCAAUCAUCAGGUGGAGCGCAAGGCGCAGCGCUCGCCCUCGUUGCGCCUGCGCUUCGGUCGCAGUGAUCCGGACAUGCUGAACAACAUCGUGGAGAAACGUUGGUUCGGCGACGUCAACCAGAAGCCCAUACGAUCGCCGUCGAUGCGCUUGCGCUUCGGCCGGCGCAGCGAUCCCAAUUUGCCGCAGAUGCGACGCACAGCCUACGACGAGCUGCUCGAGCGUGAACUGACCCUCAACAAUCAGCAGCAGCUGCUGAAUCAGCCAGCCGCUGGCUACGAUGCCGAUCUCUCAGAGGACUACGAUGCGGGCUUCGAGCGUGCUGUGCGCAAGCCUCAACGCUUGCGCUGGGGACGCAGCGUAAUCACCGGCAUUCUGAAUCUGGGCAAUAAUCGUUUGGACAAAGAGCAGCGUAUACAAGCUGAAAUAGAACAAUAUUUGCGGCAGGCGCAAGAAGUGACCCGCAUGCUGAAGGCCCUGCAGCAGGAAUACGACAUCCCAGCUGUCGAACGUGCCCUUGAAUCGAACGAAGAUCAGGACGAUGAGCAGGGCGAGGAAAAUGCGGAGUAUCAAUUUCAGCGCGAGUCUCGCAAGCCCAUGCGUUUGCGCUGGGGUCGUAGCACCGGCAAGGCGCCAGCCGAGCAGAAGCAAAUGCCGCUAGCCGCUGCUGUUUCUGCCGAGACAGCGUCCGUGGCGCCCAAGUUACAGAACUAAAUGAACAAACAAAAGGGAAUGAACAAAGGACACUCUAAGCAACAACUAGGCGGAAAUGUAACAAGACACACACACCGACACACAACACACACACACACACCAAUACAAACGCAAAUGGCAUACGAUUCGAAACACUCGGCUGAGAAACAGUUUUUGCAGGCAUUUACGGUAAGCGCAGGGAGCUAAUGACACGUUCUAAAGAAUAUAUACAUAUAAACCAUAUAUAAUAUAUAUACAUAUACUUAAACAUACAUAUGAUAUAUGUAUAUAUGUAUACACAUAACCGAUUACGUGUGUACAUUCUAAU